UGCUUACUAUUAUUAACAAAAACUAUUGAUGCAAAACGAUAAUCGCUGAGAGAAAAACGUGUUCCCACGAAUUUGUGAAAGUUUACACGCUUUUCUAUUGUUCACGAUCUUUUAAACUUACUUACCUUAUAAGUUGUUCAUUUCACCUUAUUGAUAUAACACUCAGUGUGGUCAAAAUGGUUGUAGUUUCCUCAACCUUUUCGGCUCCCGUUGAAGGGGUACUGUCUCAAACUCCGGGCACGAAACUCCUGGUUGAUGGUCAAGAACUAGGCACAGCUACAUUAUACAUCACAGAACAUAAUGUAGUGUGGGGUGGCGGAGUUGGCGCCAAUGGUGGAGCGUCGGCCACCAUCUCCCUGCUGUACCCCAACAUAUCGCUGCACGCCAUCCAGCGGGAGCCUGUGCCUGCGCUGUUUGUGGUGCUCGGACAUGAACUCAGGCUUCCAGAGUUAAACCAGGCAGCAGGUGAUGCCAAUGAGGAGGACGAUGAUGAUGAUGAGUUUGAUGCUGACGACCCGCCCUCCACAAAUCUGCUGUUCGUCCCUCAGAACGAGUCAGACCUCCAGCCCAUGUACCAGGCCAUGAUUCAAGGACAGACCCUACACCCGGACCCUGAAGCUGACCUCGACGAGGACCCUUACAUGGACGGCGAGGAAUUUGAUGAAGGAGACGAGGAGUUUGAAGAUGCCGAAGAAAGCAACGCGACCCCUGAAGACGCCGCGGCGAGACUCCGGACGCUUCGCUUAGAGCACGCCAACGGAACACAUGCAGAUGAGGCUGAAGAUGAAAUAGCAGACGAGUGAACCUAAAAAGGUUAUUAGCUUUUUUAAUUUUUCAAUAUAAAGUUAACAAUGAUGUAGGUGUCAGUAACUAAAGAUUACUCUACGCAGUCGUUAUUUGACUGGAAAAACAUGAAAACUUUUUAAAAU